AUGGAGAGGAUUGCCAGGCCUUCCAGGGAUUACCUGGACCUAUACUUCCUCGCCACCUCGCGAGGCUCGGGUAUCAGGAAGCGAGCAAGGUUUGAAGAGGAUGAAGAGUGUGAAGAGUGUGAAGGGUGUGAAGAGUAUGAAGAGUGUGAUGAAUGUGAAGGGUUUGAAGAGGAUGAAGAGUGUGAAGAGUGUGAAGGGUGUGAAGAGUAUGAAGAGUGUGAUGAAUGUGAAGGGUUUGAAGAGGAUGAAGAGUGUGAAGAGUGUGAAGGGUGUGAAGAGUAUGAAGAGUGUGAUGAAUGUGAAGGGUUUGAAGAGGAUGAAGAGUGUGAAGAGUGUGAAGGGUGUGAAGAGUAUGAAGAGGGUGAUGAGUGUGAAGGGUGUGAAGAGUAUGAAGAGGGUGAUGAGUGUGAAGGGUGUGAAGAGUAUGAAGAGUGUGAAGAGUGUGAAUAG